AUGUUGCUGCGUAAAGCGCUCGCGACUCUUUGCAGUACCCUAGUCGCUUUUUGUCCUGUAAAGCGGACCGUCAAUAUUUCGGAAACCGUUUGGCCCAGCGACAGAAGAGGUCAAGCUUGCAUACUAGCUUGCAGCCUGCAUGAAGCUGUCCUCCCACUCCCGAAGCUUUGCGGUGUAGAGUCACAUUCGGAACCUCAAGCUGGUCUACGAAACAUGACGCGCUACAGCUGUGGCGGCUUGCUUAGUCCCAGCGUGGUAUGGUGUUGGAUGUCGGUUCGCGUACUGCUUGCACAUGCAUCCGACAAAAGAAACGGCUAUCGUGGUAUCAGCUAUCUGUGUUGGAACCCGAAAGCUUGCAAGAUGCUCAUGCCAGUGGAGUUGGCACGGCCUCAUGGCUCGGCCAAGCCGCACCCAUUCAUGUUGUCUGCAUUGCUCGUCUUUUGUCGGAUUCUUCCAUCAUAUUUACCAUAUCACAGCGUGUGCAUGAAGUACACAUUGUGUAAUUCUAUAGUCGCUCUCCAUAUCUUUCUCUGCUCUGUUUAUCGCCUGUCAUGGCCAGCAAAUCUGGUGCGGGGCACACGCACGUGGGAUUCUUUUUUGUAG